AUGAUAGCAGCAACUGGUGAACACAAGAAACAAUACGUGCUUGUACCAGGUGGUGUUGGUUUUAUUGGUAGUCAUUGUGUUAUUGAAUUGGUUACAGCUGGUUAUACACCAAUUGUAGUAGAUAAUGACUGUAAUUCAUCAGCAGGUUUAGUUGGAGAAAAUCCUAUAGGUAAACCAAAUAAUCUUAUGCCAUUUACUGCACAAAUAGCUGUUGGUCGUUUACCAUAUGUGAAUAUUUUUGGUACGGAUUAUGAUACUCCAAAUAGUACAGGUGUUCGAGAUUAUAUACAUGUUGUUGAUGUGGCUAUUGGUCAUAUUGUAGCAAUGAAACAAUUUGAAAAAAAUUGUGGUUUAAAAAUUUAUAAUCUUGGUACUGGCAAAACAAUAUCUUAUAGAGAAUGUGCUCGACGUUCAGGUGAUCUUGCAACUGUUUAUGCUGAUGCAACAUUAGCAUGUCAAGAACUUGGAUGGACAGCCUAA